AUGCAUUAUAACGUUCAAGUCGAAAAUCAAAAAGUGAUACUUGUCAACGAUUGUAUUGGUCAGCAAUUCCCAACCAUUAAUUUUGAACGCGCAACCCAUAAUUUGAACCACAUCCUACUCCGAAGCUAUAGCUCUGCGCCGUCUGCACAAGCAAGGCUCGUCAAACAGUCUCUGCGCAAGCUUCUCCGAGAGACAGCCCAGCCUGUGGCGGUUGUCACGUCGACCCUACCAGACCAUGAAACACCACGAAGUGAUUCGUCCGUGCAAGAAGCACCGUCGAUAUUUCAUGGCGCUACAUUGUCGUCCUUCACGUCCAUCGCACUUGAUCCGCAUCCGCUCGUCGCGUUCUCCCUCCGCGUCCCAUCCCGGAUGGCUCUGGCUCUGAAUGCCCACGCAGCAAAGCCCCAGAUGCAAAUGUCGUCUCAUAUGGUCAUCAAUAUCCUUUCUGCUGCGCAACCUCAUAUUGCACGACUGUUCUCCAAUCCAAACAUGCACCCCUUCCCGUUCGCAGAAUCGGAGGUGCAGUGGACGCGGUCUGCAGAUGGUCUCCCGGUUAUUAAAGGUGCUUUAGGCGCGCUUUCUUGCACUGUGGUCGGUCGGUCGUUGCCCUUGAGUGAUACGCGGUGGUUGCAUUUGAACAUGGAGGAGUGGGAAACGGAGGUGCAGCAAGUAGAGGGUGGUACUGGGUUGGCUUCGGAGUUAUUCAUUGCACGAGUUUUGAGAGUGGAGGACGUCCAAGAGCCAGAGGGUCAACUCGGGAAUGACAUAUUACGGACGUUGCCUUUAAUCUACCACCAAAGAACCUACACAACCGUGGACAGAAUACCAGAUCCAUGA